GCGGGGCCUUGGUAGGGAGCCGCCAAUCGGAACGGGGAGGCGUCAGUUUCCCCUCAAUUUGACGCGCCUUUGAGGCCUUGAGGGGAAUCGAGACCUUUUCGACGAAGGAGCACGAUGAUCGACCCGCAGAAACGGAAAGCGCCCGGCCCGGAUAUGGCUCUGGUAGCGACGGCGUCCGGGGCUAAGAAGCCCCGCCACGAGCUUAUCCUGGGGCCGGGGCCUGGCGCUGGGCAGCCGCCCCCGGGCGCCUUGUUGCAGGCGGUGAGUGCCCUGAGGAGCGGAGGCCGCGCGCCCAACCGCUCUCUUUUAAUAUGCAUUAUUACCUCGCCGUUAUAGCGAGUGAGGCCUUAAAGCGGAGACGGGGAACCCUGAGGCAGCUUAAAUGCUGUGGGACUACAACUCCCAGCAGCCCUUGCCAGCGUAGCCCACGGUUAGGGAUGACGGGAGAUGCGGUGCGACCUCUGGACGGCCUCGCGAUUCCCUGUCCGUUUGUUUGUUUAUUGCGUUUAUAUCGCGUUUUUUCCCUUCAGCACUCUAACCACUACGCCACCCAGAAGUAGUCCAGGUGCACAUGGUAUAUAGUCCACAUUUCUCAACCUGGGGGUCGCCAGGUAUGGUUGGACUACAACUCCCAUAAUCCCUGGCUAGAGAGACCAGUUGUCCAGGAAUGAUGGUGGUCCAACAAUGUCUGGCAGUGUUAUAGUCCGAACACUGAAAGUCUGUUACAGUCCAACAUACCAACUGCUGCACCGCACUAGUCUCAGAAACACGUGUGUGUGUGUAUUGUGUGAACUAAUGGGGGAGUCUUGAGGGGCUAGCAUUCUGAAAAGAGGAGAAUAAGCAGUGGAGGUAGUUGUUAAAGGGAAAGGUCCAUUCUGUUACACAGAACUACAUCGUUUUGAAUGAGUGGUCAAAAUAGCUUUUCAUUGCCAUCGUUGUGGUUCUGUAACUGUGCUUAGUGUUUAGAGUAACAGAUAUAGAAAGCUGUCUUAUGCUGAGUCUAUGGGUUCCUCUAGCUCAGUAUUUUAAUAGCACACAUGGCUGCGAGAAUGACCAUUGAGCACCCAGUGACUAUAAUUAGUUUGCAUUAGUUACUGAUUUUUUAUUUCACCUGGGUGAUCAGUUAGACCAGCCUUCCCCAACACACUCCUGGGUUGUUGUUGUUUUUUAUUAAAUAUUUUUAUUGGUGUUUUGGACAUUCUAACAAAUAUAUAACAUCACCACCCCCAUAAGAGGUGUUAGGUUGUACAUUAUCAUAAAUAAUUAUUAUUAGUCAGCACAAGAUAUCCAAAUAGCCAGCCUAUAAUGCCCCAAUACAAAAUUUGUUUUAUCAAUCACAAAGAGUCAUUCCAGAGAAGAAUGUAGUGCAAGCCAUACUGUUCAGGAUAGCCAUGUCUUCAACGAUGCUUUAUCUUUAAGGACAGUUUUAUUUAUAUAUUGAAUAAAUGACCACCAUGUUACAUAAAAUUUGUUUUUCUGUUCUUUUCGUAAUUUAGAAGUUAUUUUCUCAGUGGUAGCCAAUUGCCAGUCAUUUUUAUACCAAAAUCCAGGGAUAAUCCUUGCAAGGCCCUCCAGAUAUUACACUACAAUUCCCAUCAGCCCCAACUAGCCUGCUCAGUGGUUAGCAUUGAAGAGUGCUAUUGUCCAAAACAUCUGAACGGAACAAGGUUAGGGUAUUUUAAUGCACUUGUUGAAACUGUAAGUGGUUUGUGUUACAGCUUUUAGAAUUAAUCUUCAGGGCUAAAUUGUCAUGUUUUCAGACUGGUGGAAGUGCUUACCUUUGCCACAAGACAUUAGAUCAGGGAUGGAGAGCCAGUUGCCCUCCAGAUGAUAUCGGACUAUAAUUCUUAUCAUCUCAGAUCAUUAGCCAUGUUUGCUGAGGCUGUUGGGGUCCAACAUCUUGUGUGCUACAGGUUCCUCAUCACUGGUUUAUGAGUAAUAGUCUUCUUUUCUGCAUUUGGAUGCAGACUCUCUUAUAGCUUGUUGGGUAUUCUGCAUUUUUUCAUAUUUCAGGGCCCCCCAAGAUGUUCCUCUCUCCAGGCACCUAUAAUGUUGCUUUCGGGGCAUGAAGGAGAAGUUUACUGUUGUAAGUUUCAUCCUAAUGGAGCCACCUUAGCAUCAGCUGGAUUCGACAGGUUGAUAUGUAAGUCUACGUUAUAAACUUCUAAAUACAAUUUGUUUGCUUAAAACUAAUUGGGUUAGUUGUGUGCUUUUUUAAAAGAAACGCAUAAAGCAUAUUAAAUUAACCAAGGACACAUAACAGUAAAUCAACCAAAGUAAGCUAAUUUAAUUAAUUAAAAGUAAACUUAUGUAUGACUAAUACCAAAGUUUUAAUGGUGUAUGUGAUGGGUCACCCGCAUGGUGCUUGUGAGUGCAAUGGAGUCCCACACUUCACUCUCCUCAUAUUUGCAUUGAAUGAAACCUUCUAUUGUAGCCAAUAGUCUUACCCCUGCCUAAUUGCAACUAGGGAGAAGUGAUAUUGGGAUCAUGACUGGGAAGGUCAGGGUCAAUCCUUCUCCCCCAGCUGCGACACCCUUCCCCCAAAUUGCUGCUUGAUAAAUAGGUUUUAGAAAAAGCUUUCAAUUGGCUCCAUGAUAGUGGUGGUGUAUGGCAGUUCAUAGUUGGUGGAGCAAUUUGUCUGGUUAAUUCUGAUAACAAAUAAGACUGCAGCAUGCUAGCUAGUUAUGUGACCCCCAAGCAUGAGGGGAAGUGGGAGUUAUUGUUUUGUUUUGUUUUUAUUAUGUAUUUUGUGUUUUUAUCUUGUGUUUUUAUGCUGUGAACCAUCUUGAGAUCUAUGAAUGAAGGGCAGUAUGCAGAUUUUAAUAAUAAUAAUAAUAAUAAUAAUAAUAAUAAUAAUAAUUAAUAAAUAGCGGUGGGGAAUCUUCCUGGAGAUUGCAGCUGGGGAUGGAAGGUUAACUCUUGCCUCCCCAGCUGGACUUGUCAGGAAUUCUACACACCCUUCACUAAUUAGGGCAUUUUAAAGCCUAAUUGCUGGCUGGGGUGGAGUGACGACGCAUGUGUGUGUCGUUGUCUGCUGUGCAUGGUGCCAAUGACAGUUUCUUGGGUGCCCACAGGCCAUAAAGGUUGAUGACUCUGGCUGAGUAGAAGUCGCCACAAUGGGAAUCUUAAGAGAUAUUAUCCGCUAGAAAAGCCAUCAGUAGUUUUAUAAGGAAAAGUAAUUAAUUAUAGAUGCUUUAAUGAAAGGUCCAUAAUCAGUUACAGGUUGCAACCCUAGUUUAAAUUAAUAUUAAGAAUACCUGACCCAGUUUACAUGCUAUGAUAAACAAUGGUUUGCCAUGGUUGCUCAAACAACCCCUGGUUUGUUUCUCCUCUAAUUCUAGUGGGAGCAAAAAUCACAAUCCCUACCUCAGUUAAUUUGAACCAAGAAUCCUGGGAAGUGAAACAAACCAUGAUGUUCACAUAGGAUGCAACAGUAAGCCAGAUGAGAGCAUCUGUUCUUUUCAUCUGUUACUCAGUAGGAUGGUAGCUUUUUAAAAAACACAUAGACCACAUUGUACUAGCAUGCUAGUAUCUACUAAGGUUUACUUGUGAACUCAAAAGUACACACAUAGUGUGAAGAUCAACAUUUUAAAUUGAAAAGAAUCUGAUCUUGCAUUCAUGAUGAACCACAGACAUUUUCGUGUGCUUACAUACUGCAAUACAGUUUCUUUGAAGUGAUUGUGAAUAUUUUCUCUCACUGCCUUUGUUAGGUAUAGAAGAGUUUUCCCCAGGUAAAAAAUGAUGCUCUUUUCUUAAAAGCAACCACCACCCACCAUCUGUUUCUGGAAGUUAUACCUACUUGAAGGCUAAGCAUUAGAUCUGAAAAGUGCAUCUGAUUCAUUAAGAGGAUUUAUCACUUGGAAAUGCCAACAUGACUUCAGUAUUUAAUCUUGAUCUUGCAUUGAUUCUAGUGUUAUGGAACGUGUAUGGGGACUGUGAUAAUUAUGCCACUCUGAAAGGACAUAGUGGAGCUGUUAUGGAACUACAUUAUAACACUGAUGGCAGGUUAGUACAUAUAUAAUUCUUGUUGUGGAUAUUUUUAUCUGUUGUUUAAUUGAUUAGCAAUGACUUUUUGUCAUUUGGAGUAUAUUACUGAAGCUUGGGUACUUAUAUUUUGCUGCUUGUUGGUUCUAGUCACAUGGUGAUUUUCUUUUUAAUAUGUCAAAAUAUUUCAGAACAAAUUCUGAAAGCAUGUGCAAGAAAUGAACUUCCUAUGGGUUAUAUCCAGCUAAGUUCUAUUUGGAGGAGGUUCACGGAAAUUAAUGAACCUUAUUUAGUCAUGUGGGUUAACUUAAGUGGGUCUACUGUGAGUAGGACGGGCACUGAAUACAACCCUAUGAUUUGAGGGAGAAAAAUUGGAUAGGAAUGCAGGCAGGUAGGCACCAUCACAUUGUAGCCAUUCAAUCUCUUCCACUAUUUCCUGCUGCUUUUCCUGAUUUCUGCCAAACAGAUCCUGGAGCAACAUGCCAAUAGUGGUAAAAGCCUUUGGGGACUGGAGUGGUGCAUGCCUGCCUGGCAGAACAAGGUUAUUCACAAUGGCGAUUUACUUACACCUAGGGAUUUAUACAAGAUUUUGUAACUUACACACCACCUAUUUUUACAGUUACUGAUUUUUCUCUAUUUGUUUUUGUAAGCAGUUCUGAGAGCAUUUUUAGGUAAAGAGCAACAGUAAAAAUGUUUCAAUUAAAUAAAGAUUCUGCGAUAGUUGUAUAUAGUGGAACCUCAGUUUUUGAAUGUCUUGGAAGCCAAAUGUUUCGGAAUGCCAAAAACCUGGAAGUAAAUGUUUCCAUUUUCGAACGCGCCUCGGAAGUCAAAUGGCUUCUGUUGCUUGCUUUUCAAUUUUCUCAAUUGAACUGAGGCUUCUGUAGUGAGUUCUUGGUUUUCAGAUGUUUCGGAACUCGAACGGUCUUCUAGAAUGGAUUACGUUCGCGAGGUUCCAUUGUACUGCAUAUUUGGAAACCCUUUGGGAUAACUGGAUUUUGUCACUAAGCAGUGACCAAAAGAGGAUGUUUGCCUUCCCUUUCCCCCUCCAUCAGAAGGCUGGCAUUCUGGGCAAAAUGCUUGACAGCUAGUAGUAGGUGUCUUUUGCUUUUUGCGGUCACUUCUAACUGUCUUUUACCUAAGGGUCAUUUUUUUGAAUGUUGAAUACCUUUUAUUACAUGUGAAAUGCUGCUUUUCAGCACUUCAUCAGCACUUCAUUUUCUCCUAGCAUGCUAUUCUCUGCGUCCACCGAUAAAACUGUAGCAGUGUGGGAUAGUGAGACAGGAGAGAGGGUGAAAAGACUCAAAGGUCACACAUCAUUUGUGAACUCCUGUUACCCAGCAAGACGUGGACCUCAGCUGGUCUGUACAGGCAGUGAUGACGGGACAGUAAAGGUUAGUAUGGAUAAUUGUCAUCUUGCGAUGUAAAUAGUAAAUACUAGUGUGGGUUUAUGUGAUCAGUAAGCAGUUGUCUUGUUAGGUGCUGCUUGCUGAGUAAAGAGUUCUGUUAAAGAGGUACAUUCUUUUUGGAUACGGAGUUGUUAUUUUCUUUCCACCAAUAUCAACUAGUCAAAUGUAAACCCGGUUCCAGCUUCUGUGAAAACCUACACUUGUAGACUUAUCAUUUUGAAGAUACUCAUUCUUAAUGUGAGCAUGAUAAUCGCACCAAUCUAUGCUCUGGAAACCUCAAGUCUGGACUAUUACACUGUGCUUUAUGUGGGCCUUCUCUUGGAGACUGUUCAGAAGCUGCAACUGGUGCACAGGCCAAGGUGCUUGUGGGCACGACUGACAGGACACAAGUUCUUAAAUAGCUUUUUACAGUUGCCAUUGUGCUUCUGAGCCCAAUUCUAGGUGCCGCCAUUUACAAAGCCCUAAAAGACUUGGCUCCCAAAUAUAUGAAGAACCACCUCCUCCCAUGUAGACUUUUAAAAAGAUCUGCGGAGGAGGCCCUGCUCUCAGUUCUGACACUAUGUGAAGUUCAUGGGGCAGCAGUGUGUGAGACAGCCUUUUCUGUGUUGACUCCCAGUUCGUUGAAUGCCAUCCCCUCCCAGGGACAGCUGCCCUUGUCAGUAAGUACUUUUUAAUGUUGAAUCAGGGUGCACCUUUUGUGCACAGGCCUUCAGGAUUACGAGACCUUUCAUGGCUUAGUUGUAUUGAGCUAUUUUUGGACCCUGUGGUGAAGGGUGGGUUAUGAAUGUCUAUCUUGUUUGCUUUCACUUCCAGUUAUGGGACAUCAGGAAAAAAGCUGCUGUUCAAACAUUUCAAAAUACAUAUCAGGUGUUAGCAGUCACCUUCAAUGAUACCAGUGAUCAGAUAAUAUCUGGAGGCAUAGACAAUGAUAUCAAGGUAAGCUGUUUGUUGAACUGAACCUUCCUUAGAUUCCAUAUUUAUAACUUGGACAAAGGGCAUAUCUACACUUGAAAAAUAAACUAGUUUCAAACGAGUUUUAAGUUUUGCAUUGCUCCAGACCCUUCUCUUCUCUCCUUAGAACACUUAGCCACCUCCAGAAGGAGCAAGGAAGAAACAGAACAACAGUGUUAGCUUCUAAUUCUCUCGGGUGGUGGGAAUAAGGUUCUACUGUGAAGACGAGUAGGCAGUGCCAGCUCUCCCUGUGCCAGGAAGAUGGCACACAGUGAGACCUGAAAGGCCUCGUAUCAGAAACAGGAGACCCAUUAAUUAAUUGUUAUGGGCUGUCCCUUCCCUUUAAAAGGGCAAUUUGUCAACAUAUGCUGGGAUUUCUGUCUUUCAAGACCUGGCAUAGGUUAUUUGUCUUGCAAGGACACUGGAAGUCUAAGAGACUAUAUCACAAAUAAAUAAAUCACCAUGAAUUUUUUGGGCUCUGCUCCUCAUUUUGCAACUUCACUUAAAAGCUUCAACAUAUAUAGAGCUAACUACUUUAAAGACCUCUCUUUGUGUGUAUGUAUGUGUAUGUGACACCAUAUAUCUGCUCAUAUAUCCUUAAAGGUAUGGGACCUUCGUCAGAACAAGCUAACUUACACGAUGAGAGGACAUGCUGAUUCUGUCACAGGUCUCAGUCUGAGUUCAGAAGGCUCUUACUUGCUUUCUAAUGCCAUGGACAAUACAGGUAACUGUUUCUGUUGGAAAAUUAAGCAUUAAGGAACAUGUAACCAACCAUACUACUCCUAGUCUUUACUAGUUUGCAGCCAGUAUGUCAGAACUUGGAAAUGUCUCCUAAAAUGCACCAAGACUUUGGGUAGUUGCCAAAACUAUAAGUGAAGUGUGAUGCGAUUUAUUAUUGCCAGAAGCCUGCUUUGUGUCCCAUUAGGGCCGCCAGGGCACACUGCUACAAUGAUAGAAGAAGCCACAAUUGGCAGAUUCUCUUGUCAAAAUGCAGACUUGACACUGACUUCCUUUAACUUUCAUCUCUAGACAAGCUUCUGUAGGACUUUUGUCUCCCUCCCGCAUUCAUCAUAGCAUACUGUUUUCCUGAUCUUAACUUGGGGUUGGAGAACCUGCAGCCCUUCAGAUGCUGUCAGCAUGGUCAGUGGUCAGAGGUUGUGAGAGUUUAAACACCUGGAGGUUCUGCACCCCUCCAUUAAGCACCACAGCGGGUUUUUUUAGUUGCUUCUCUGAUUAACAAAUUCUUUGAUGACUACGUUUUUCCUCAAUCCACCUACCAUUCCUUCAAGUCCUUCUUUCUUGGUCCAUCCUUCAGAUUCCUUGUCUCUAGCUUGCCUGACCCUUAGGUUCCCUACACCCUGGCACAACAUCCUCAGCCCAACUCUGUGAAAUGACAAUCUCAGUCAAAUUGAAGUUUCACCCCUUCCCUCACUAAAAGCUAGACGGCAAAAAUGUUCCCUCUGUUCCCUGCGCAGUUGAAUGUUCCCUGCCACUACACCAGUUCAGUCAAUCAACACUGAAGGCUUCACUGUGUGUGUGAAGUUGUAGCCAUGUCACCAUCUAGAGGCUGCUUGUCAGUGGCUGAAACCAUGCUCUAGCUAGCUAUACCUGAAUUCUGUCUGCAGUUGUGGUUGCUGCCAUCUCAAAAAGGUUGUUACAGGUCUGGGAAAGUUGGGGGGGGGGGAGAGUAACCCAAAAUGAUUGAGUGGUUGGAGCACCUUCCCUGUGAAAAAUGGCUGGAAUUUUUGAGACUGUGUAGCUUUUAGAUGGGAGUGUAUAAUGAAAGCAGCUUCUCUUGAACUCACCAUGCUAGAACUUGGGCUUGCCCAAUGGAAGUGAUGGCCAGUAAAUUCUGGACAAAUGAAAUAUUUAUUCACAUGAUGCAUAAGUAAAGUAUGGAAUUCACUGCCCCAGGAUGUGGUAACCACCACUGACUUUAGAUGGCUUUAAAUGGAAUUUUGACAAAUUUUGGGGUGGGUAAAUACUGCCAAGAGGACGCAGGUGGUGUUGUGGGUUAAACCACAGAGCCUAGGGCUUGCCGAUCAGAAGGUAGGCGGUUCGAAUCCCCGUGACAGGCUGAGCUCCCGUUGCUCGGUCCCUGCUCCUGCCCACCUAGCAGUUUCAAAGCACGAAGUGCAAGUAGAUAAAUAGGUACCGCUCCAGCGGCAAGGUAAAUGGCGUUUCCAUGCGCUGCUCUGGUUCGCCAGAAAUGGCUAAGUCAUGCUGGCCACAUGACGCGGAAGCUUUACGCCAGCUCCCUUGGCCAAUAAAGCGAGAUGAGCCUCACAACCCCAGAGUCUGCCACAACUGGACCUAAUGGUCAGGGGUCCCUUUACCUAAAUACUACCAAUAGCUAUAUGGACCCUGCAUGUUCAAAAACAUCGUGCUGCUGUGUGCUUGUUGUCAUCCUCUGUUUUUGCCCUUCCCAGAGGCAUCUGUUUAACCAGUGUGGGAAACAAAAUACUGAACUAGAUGGCUCUCUGGUCAGAUCGAGCAGAUCAUUCCUUAUGUCUUUAAACCUAUCAGCUUACUUACCGUCAAAUCUGCGAUAUUGUGGAAUAAUACUCAACUUGUUACUACGGUUCUUAACUGCUUGUAUGGGCUCUGUUCUAGUUCGUAUCUGGGAUGUUCGGCCCUUUGCCCCUAAAGAGAGAUGUGUAAAGAUCCUCCAAGGGAAUGUACAUAAUUUUGAGAAGGUGAGUUCUGUGCUGGUUGAAAUGCUCCUUGUUUAUGGAUGGCAGCUAAGAAUUAAUUCAUAAGUAAAUGGCUUUUAAAAUUUCAGAUUGCCACAAACCUCUUAACAAGGUCUGUGCUCAAGAUUAAUGUGUGAGAAGAAAUUCCAAUUAAAGCCGCUGCAACAAGGUUUUUUUUAACCCCCAAGUGCAGCUGUAAUGGCCUAUAAAUUUUAGUAUCUUGACAUUCACAAUCUAUUUCACAUAAGAUAACAAGAUACUGUGUAUUUCUGGCAAUAAAGUACAAUAUAUAUCUGCAGACUAAGCUUCCAAAGGCAAGCCAUUAUUACUGCAGUGGUGUUAAUGUCUUAAAGCCUUGGCGAGUUUUUAUUUCAAAAAGAAUCGGGGAAAUGAAGGUAUGCCUGGAAUUGUGCUACUAAGUUUUCUUGUUCUUUAGAAUCUCCUGCGAUGCUCCUGGUCACCAGAUGGAAGUAAAAUAGCUGCUGGAUCUGCAGACAGGUAAAGCCCUCUAUUUUCAUCUGAAAACCAGUGCUCUAGGUACCAAGCUGCAUGGGACUUUAACACUCACACUCUCCAUUGUGCUCGGAGACAGACUGGUAUCGCCUUAUAGGUGUGUUGCAGUAGCACGUUACUACUUGAAAGGAAUGGAAUCUGUUCUUUAGCCUGGGAUAGCUCAGUCGGUAGAACAUAAGACUCUUAAUCACAGAGUUGUGUACUCAAGCCCCAUGUUGGGCAAAAGAUUCCUACAUUGCAGGGGGUCGAACUAACUCACCCUCGUGGUCCUUUCCAACUCUAUGACACUGUGGUCUAGGUUGUGAGAAGAACAUAAAGUCACAGAAAGCAACAUUCUAAACCCUAGAAGGUAUCUGGUUGCACUCAGUGUGUUCCAUGUAGAAUAAUUAUUGGAUAUUUGACUGGGAGUGUGUGCAUGUUUGAAGGGGGCUUCUCUGUUUCAUCAGUUUGAAAACACUGUUCUAGAGACCUACUCAACACAUAAGUUUUUAUUGGCUAUGUAAUCUAGAUAUCUAACCAAACUGUUCUUCUGAGACUUGUUCAUCUCUAGGAAAGGAAGCUUAAUAGCAGAAUCUUUUCUAUUAGUCAUAAUGAACUGGGGUGGGGGGGUGGGCAUGAAAGGGGUGAAAAGUACUUGGCUUUAACAGUUCAAGCAGUGCUCUCUGCAGUCCUUGAAAAUAUAUGCAGUAUAUGUUCUUUUGAUGUACAUAGUGACAUUUCCUAACUCAAGGACACCUUGGCCUGCUCAGUCCAGCCAGUUGCUUUGCGAUCAUGCUUUCCUUCCCCACCUCCUGUGCAAAUGUUGGUGCCAGAGUAAGUGAGACAGCUUUCUAAAUAUAGUACAUUAACUGCUGGUUAACUUAUUUCAGUCCAUGUUGAUGGAUUGGUGAUGAGCAGUGGCUUAUGUAUCUGGUGAUCUUAUAAAGGGGGAAGAAGGGGGGUGUAUCUGGAAGGUAGUAAUUAUGGUAGGAGGGCUAUGCUGCUCUUUUGUGUUGCUUACAAUAUGUUGCUGAGGGCACCUUUACAACUUAGUAAAGGAUAUGAAUUCCAGCUACAAACAGGACAGGUCUCCAUCUUGUUUUCUGGUGAAAGUCAUAACUACUGAAAAACUGGUCUUUCAGCAUCACUAAUAUUCAGUAUGUAUCAUAAUGCAAUUUGUAGUAAAAUCCUUGAAUUUUGAGCAUUAGUUCCUCUCUUAUGGGGUGUUACAAAAUUUCUUUCCCUGUUUUGUGAUAUGCUUAAAAGCUGGGCUUUUCUUUGGAGACUCACUGAUGGCACUAAGCAAGCGCAUUAAAUACUUCUGUGUUCCUUUGCCAUGUGCAUCAAAGUUGACACAACCAAAGCAAGAUGAGAGGGAACAGUGCAGACACAUUGGAAAAUACUUAAUGGAUUUGAUGAAUCAGACCAUAACAAGGUCAUAAUUCAGUUCAGAAUGGCAACUUCUUAAAGUUGGGGGCACUGAAUUUUAGAAAGUUUCGGUUAUCAGGCUUUCUGCAGCAUAAGUCUCUCAUCUCCAGUCCCCGUACUGCAAGGUUCAAAUGAUGAAAGAACUGAAAGGCAGUGAAACAUUUUUGAGGCAGUAGCUAUUUAACCAGUUUUUAAUACCCAAUAGCUUUGAGAGCUUAACUGGCUGAAGUCACAGAAGGAAUCUGAGUGCAGGGUGUUAGGAUUAGCACUGAAGAGUCAACUUGUUAAAUCUUGCGUCUUGAGCCUCCCAUGCAUAUCAACAUAAGGUUUCUGAAGGAGUAACUGUGUUCAUCUGCUGCAGCAAACACAAACAAGUCUUGUGACAUCUGUAUUUCUAGGUCAAAUAGCAGCCAGUGCAUGGCUACUUGGAAGUAAUCCCCUCUGGGUUCAAUGUAUCUUGCUUCUAACUAACUGUGCAUAGGAUUGUGACCAAAGUCCUUAUCUAGGACUGCUCAGCCAUCGCCUUAGUGAGCCAUUUAAGUUUGGUUCAUAUGUCACUCACAGAGUAGUAUUCCUCACUUCUUGUCACUUAAAAAGCCCAUUAUUGUCUUCCAGAGUACCUAUAUUCUGUUUGAAAUUGCUCACCCCUUUUGGAGAAGACAUAUUCUCAUUUGAGUACACUCAAACCAUAUCUUACAACAUACUUGGAUGGGAAACAAAAAUAUUCCACAUCAUGAGCGUUUUGUGUCUGUUGCCAGAAUGUAAUAGAAAAUAUAAUGCAUCAUAUUUAUUGUGCAAAGAUCCGAGGGGCAGAUUUUCAUAAAGCAUUAUUAGCAAAUUACUGGAAUUUUUCAGAUGCUCAGAAAAAACACCUUGUGACUAGAGAUGCUUUUGUAAGUUACAGGACAGCAUUGUUUGCUAAAGCAGCAGAUGAUCAGAAAUGAAGUUCUGAAAGAUUUGACAUUGCAUUUUAGUGAACUUUUGUGAACUGUAAAUUGCAACUUUCCAUUGCAAAUGAAAAGACGUGUUUGCCUAUAGUCUUAAGGUUCGAGGCUGUCAAAUGCAGCAGCACAUAGUUUUUGUGGAAGAUUAAGUACUGAAGACAAAUAAUGAAGCUGAAUGCACACCAGUUAAAAAUAAGUUACAGGCUUACUGUAUACAGACAGACUUCAGAUAUUAGAAAUAAGCAGUGUUACUUUAUCCACAGUACUGAGUCAGACAGUGAUGCAAUAUUAGUUUUUUACAGAAAUAUAUAUCCCAUGAUAUCACUAAAGCAAGCAAGCAAGCUGGUUUUUCAAAUUAUGCAGUAGUUUUGCUUCAUGAGUCAUGAAAUGAGUAACAGUCUUCAGGUUGUAGAUCAUUAAGUGAAUACAUCUGUUCACCUGAACGUGCAAUGCUACAUUCAGACUCAGUGACUUGCAUCUCCAAAUUCAAGAUAUCUAUCAAUUAGCUAGGUUUUCUUUUACUAACUUAAAACCAGCAGCAGGUGGUGUCAAACUAAGGUCAUGCAGGCAACAGGUUUUCUUUCUACAGUAAUAUGACAGGCUGAUACCAGAUCCAGGUACAGCAAAAGGGCUUCCUGGGUAGUCUCUAGUAAACACAGCCGCUCAUAGCUAUAAGAGAUCUUGAAAUAUUGAGUAACUGGGUCAAAACAGAGUUGCUCUUUUAUUUUUAGUUCAUUCCAUUGGGAGGCUCUUACUCAUGUUUCUUCUCAUUACAGGUUUGUUUAUGUGUGGGAUACGACCUCCAGAAGAAUUCUCUACAAGCUGCCAGGCCAUGCUGGUUCAAUAAAUGAAGUGGCUUUUCAUCCAGAGGAGCCAAUUAGUAAGUUCUCUUUGAAUUGCCAGGAAGCCUGGAAGUGGGUGCUUUUAAUUAAGGAACAUGACUUCUGUGAAUUCAUGAUCGUAAAGAGAAUCUGUUAGCCAGCACAGAGAGUCUCUUUCUUUCUUUCUCUCUUUCUUUCUUUCCCUCCCUGCCCUGUUCUUUUGGGUUGUCUUGGUAUAGUAAUUCUACAAAACACAAACAGAAAUAUAACAUACUUUGGGGGGGGGGGAUUUAGUUGAACUCCAGUAGGUUGGAUCUGUCCUCUCCAGAGAACUUUCAGCCCCUUAACGGGGUGACAUAAAUUUUAAGAUGGGAGCAGGCAAACAUCAAGCUGGAAGAGAUCUACUUAUUCUUUCUCAUGCUUGACCUCAGAAUUUGUUACUGGUGCCAUAAUAGUGCUGUGUGGCCCUUCAAAUGUUGUUGGGCUGCAACUCCAAUUAUUCCUGACCAUUGUCCAUGCUGCCUGGGGCCAAUGGGAGUCUGAGCUCAACAGCGCAAGGAGGGCCACAGACUUCUCAUCCCUUCUCUGUUUCGUUGAUGAAAAAGAUUCUUGAGAGGCUGCACCCUCUUGUGGCUACUUUCUAGUAUUGACAGUUUCUAGCAUUUUGUUUUGCAGAGGAAGUCAUAACAUUGCUACUGUUAGAAUUAUGUAGCUGCCUGAACUUUAGUAGGAGAUGAAAGAUGCAAACUCUGCAUUUUAGAAAAAUUGGGCCAUUCUGGUCGGAGCAUACACGUUGAGGCAUGCGUGUGAGAGUCAAUUUAGUUAUCAAGCAAUACUGGAAGUACAAGAGGGGUGGAAUAAGAUGGUCAAAACUGAUCCUUCACAUUUUCUUCAAAUGUGUUUGUAUUUCUUCCCAUUAGUACUUUCUGCAUCUAGUGACAAAAGGCUGUAUAUGGGGGAGAUCCAGUGAGGAAGAGAGCCAGCACCGUUGUCAUCUUGGAUGUGUGGAACUGGAUUGCUUCUGGCCAAGUUAGAUCUUUCUGCACAAAGUCUUGGAAGAUGAAGAGACUUCAGAAAAUGCCCUUUCAUGUACAGAGUUAAAUAUUAACCACCUGUGUUUUAGAGGAUCCCUCCUUGAAUUCUUGACCAUGUUAUGCAGAAUAUUAAAAAGGCUUCUGGUUUCGAAACAUUAAGAUUUUUGAGAUGGACAUACAGAUUUCUUAUUUUUCCCUGUACAAUGUGCUUUCGGCUUGUUAUUGAAAUCAUUUGACACUUGUAAAAUGUGGAGCGUUUAAUAUUUCAUGUUUCCCUCCAGGUUUGCUUGUCAUUUUUAUACAGAAAAUAAAUAGAAUACUUUGC